AGCAGCACUAAAAUACAGAGUCCCGCAACCAAACCCCGGCACCAAAAGGGCCUCCGAGACGCCGAUGCUGCGCCAGGACGCCGCAACGCUCGCGAAAACAACUGACCAAAGGAGCCGGAGCGGAGCGCCGAAGCAGCGCCUGCCCCUCGCCGGCCCGGCGCAAUGAGCGCGCGAGAGCCGCGGGCCGCUCUGCCUAUGGCUGCCGGCUGCCAGCAGCGGAGGGCGGGGCGUCAGCGCCGAGUCUCUCCGGGUGAAACCGCGCUGGGCGCCGCCGCCGCCGCCGCUGCUACGUUGUGCCUUCCGCGUCUGGCUCCGGCGAGCGAGGGGAGCUGCUGCCCGCGGCAGGGCGCGAGGGCCGGCCGGGCCGCUGGGAGCGAGGCGCGGGGCGCCCGCCGCUGCCUUCCGAGCGCGCAGGCAGAGGCGGCGCCUGGGGAGCGCCGGCGCGGCCUCCGGCUUCUCGGGGGGCGCUCGGGGCGGCCGCCGCCUGCUUCUCCCGGCCGCGCCGCCUCACCAUGUCCGCAGCCGGGGGCGGCGGGGCGGGGACUUCCAAGGCGCUGCCUUCCUCCGGCCCCAAGUCCCUGCGGGACAUGCCGCACCCGCUGGCCGCCUCCAGCAGCGAGGAGGCGGGCGCCGAGCUCACGCCCAGCCCGGACUUCCAGCUGCCUCGCAGUCUCGCGGACAAGGAUCUCAGCUUGCCCAAUGGUACUCCUGUAGACACUUCUAGCCCAGCUUCCUCUUCCUCCCUUCUCAAUAGACUGCAGCUGGAUGAUGACUUGGAUGGCGAAAUGAGAGACCUCUUUGUCACUGUUGACGAUCCAAAAAAGCAUGUCUGUACGAUGGAGACCUACAUCACAUACAGAGUCACAACAAAGACCACACGAGCAGAAUUUGAUUUGCCAGAGUAUUCCAUGCGCCGAAGAUACCAGGAUUUUGACUGGCUGAGGAAUAAACUUGAAGAAUCUCAGCCAACUCAUCUCAUUCCCCCUCUUCCAGAGAAGUUCGUGGUUAAAGGAGUUGUUGACCGAUUUUCAGAAGAAUUUGUUGAAACGAGGAGGAAAGCCUUAGAUAAAUUUUUGAAAAGGAUCGCUGAUCACCCGGUGCUUUCUUUCAAUGAACACUUCCACGUGUUUCUUACUGCCAAAGAUCUUAAUGCAUACAAAAAGCAAGGGGUGGCUUUGCUUUCCAAGAUGGGAGAAUCAGUAAAAUACGUCACAGGAAGCUAUAAGUUAAGAAGUCGACCGUUGGAGUUUGCAGCCAUUGGCGACUAUUUAGAUACCUUUUCUCUGAAGCUUGGAACCAUUGAUAGAAUAGCACAGCGGAUCAUUAAAGAAGAAGUGGAAUAUCUGGUGGAACUUCGAGAGUAUGGUCCCGUUUACUCAACCUGGAGUGGAUUAGAGCGGGAGCUGUCAGAACCUCUUGAGGGAGUGUCUGCCUGCAUUGGGAACUGCUGUACAGCUCUUGAGGAGCUGAGUGAAGAUAUGACUGAAGAUUUCCUACCUGUUCUCAGAGAGUACAUUCUGUAUGCAGAGUCUAUGAAGAAUGUGUUGAAGAAAAGAGAUCAGGUUCAAGCAGAGUAUGAAGCCAAACUGGAAGCCGUGGCCCUAAAAAGGGAAGACCGUCCCAAGGUGGUGCCCACAGAUGUUGAGAAGUGCCAGGACCGAGUGGAGUGCUUCAAUGCGGACUUGAAGGCUGACAUGGAAAGAUGGCAAAACAACAAGCGCCAAGACUUUAGGCAGUUGCUUAUGGGAAUGGCAGAUAAAAACAUCCAAUAUUAUGAAAAGUGCCUUACGGCGUGGGAGUCUAUUAUACCACUGUUGCAAGAGAAACCUGAGACCAAAUAAGAAGCCACACUUUUUUCGCCACAUACCACAGACCUCUGACCAAGUGCACAGUACCACUGGAGAUACACCUAUGCACGACUUUGUGUGAUUUCCCUCUUUCCCCCUUUCCCCCUUCCAGAUGAAAUGCUGCCUGUGCUGAAUCUUGGGACAGACCAACUUGGGAGUGUUUGCAACUCUAUAUUUUUGCCACCUUUUUUAUUAAACCAUCUGAAUUGGCCUAUGAGGUGAUCCCUUGGCUAAUGGCAGAUGAAAACACAGGGAUUUAUUCUUCUCUUGGAUCACUUUAUAGUGAAUGAAGCUGCUGAGUGGAACACUAAAAUAAUAAUAAAAAAACUCUUAAAUGUAAGGUGCCAACAUGACAUCUUUAUUGCCCUCCCUUUUUCUUGCCAGCCAAGUUAAAUCGUGGUUGAUUAUGUAAAAGAGGCAGUUUUUUCCCACUCAAAUCUUUUUUUAAAAACUUUAUGUGGAAAGAGAAUAUGGAUGGUAGACGAUAACUACUGGAUUCUGAACGGUCUCUGAAUUAUCUUGUGGCUUUUUGGUUGGCCGAGCCAAGAACAGGGGAAGGAGUUGUCUUGGUGGAAUGUUCUAGGAACUUGGCAACAUUUUUUUGAGGUAAACUUUGUAAUCUGACCAGGAGGUGUGGCAUGCAGUCCAGUUUCUACAGCCUUGCUAGCCAUUUGGGGGGAUAAUAGGAUGGGAAGAUGUCAGUGUACUGCCCUAAGAGCACAGUUUUUUAAAAAAUUCAGUUGAUUUUUUUCCCUUCUAGAAUGGCUGGCAUUUUUGACUUAGGAUAAAUCUCCUUUUCUGGGGGCCCAAGUCUUGAUAAAAAUUACAACACAAUUUUACCUCAAGCUUAUUUGUGAAAAUUGAUGCAUGGGAUGAGGAGCAGGGAUGAGGAGACUUUAGAUUGGUGGGGGGGAGACACAAGUCCAGUUUAUGCAUAAAUCCAGUUUAUAUGUAACAUUACUCUUUAUGUUCUUUGACGAAUCCUUAAAAAAAACCCAUGUGGCAUGUGCCGAGUGAGGAGAGAAUGGAUAAUGCUUAAGCCAACAAGAUUUAUUGGCUUAACGUGACAAGCACUAGUGCAGCAAACUUUCUUUCAUAGUCUUCAGCUCGUACUUAGUUUAAGGAAGAAGGCUUGCCAAGGCAGACAGCUAAUCCUAGCACAUUCGCUUUGCUUAUCUUUUGUCAUAAUCAUGAAGCCAAGUAGUUCCUGCAGCCAUUGCCUUUUAUGUAGAUGUGUGUGUGUGUGGAACAAGUAAUAUUUUACUUAAUACUUAUAGCUAAACUGUACCACUAUAUAAAUACAGUUGUCUGUUUUUCCUCCAUAACCACCAAUGCGUUUGAGUGCUCAGCUCACUUCUGUCCAUUUUCGCAAGAAUAUUUAAACUGUUCAAACAUGCCAUGGUGUGUUUUCCCUCAGCUUUCCAUUUUAUUUUGCACAAUAACAUAUGCAAACCACAAGCUUCCCUCCUUCCACUUUAGUUCUUAUACUGCCCUCCCAAACUUUUAACACACAAGCUUGAAGAGAAUUGUGGUAAGAUUGGCUGAUUCCCCCCCGCCCUCCCCGUGUAUCCUAAACCACUUGUAGCUCUGCUGAGGUCUUGAAACUAAAUUUGAAUUCAUUAGGUCAGCAAUUCAAAUUAAUCAUUGAUUCUUAAAGGGCCAUCUUUCACACUGUAUUCUUAAAGGGGUUUGUGGGGACAGGGAUAUGUAUAUAUAUUUGGGCACUGUAAAUAAUGGCAAUUGCUGUAUCAAGAAAUAUCAGUCACGGAUUUUAGCUGGUGUAACUGCACGUGGGUCAAAACAAAGAGAAAGGUGUACUUGAUUGUAGAGGCAUGUAUAAUAGAAGAAACAGUCCCACCUGUGUGUACCAGAAGGGGAAAUGUCUAAUGGCCAAGCUAAAUAUUGCUCAGAAGAUGUACGAAGGGUCAACCAUUGGGUUUUGGAAAAACUAAACCACUCUCUCUGUGUGAAAAUGGCUCUUUAUGUUCACAAACCCACCCCCCUUCAAGAUUUCCAUCCGUGAGAAAUACAGGAUCCCCAGAAAAGCAGAUUGUUUUUUUCCAAUCUAAUGGACAAAUGGCAGGAGGGGAAAUUGGGUUAAGUAGCUCCCCUUCAUGUCUCUACUCAAACUAGUAGCCUACAAGUGGCUCUUUCUCUUUUUUGAAUAGAAAACUAGACUCUUAACUUGCCCUGUGUAAUAUUUUGGUUGGCCCCAAGAUGGCACCCAUCAUCAACAGUUUUUGAAUGAUUAGAAAACUCACAAUUUAAAAAAAAUAAAUCCCAAUUAAUUGGUGACAUCUUUUUAGUCUGUCAGUUUGUAGCUGCUCUAAGGGAGUCGCUGAUUUUUUUCAACCUUAAUGGGCUAAGAAGAGUGUAAACUUAGGCUUCAUUUCAUAAAGUGGAACAUUUGUUGUGUGUUGAAUAAGGUGCCUUAUGUGAUAAUUAUUUGAAUUAAGUUUAGGGCAAAAACCUCCCAAAGAGAGCUGAAACUUACAAUGGUUUCUAAGACUACAGUGUUACGAAACCUGAGUAUCAAGUUUCAUUGAACCUGGAAGGUUUGCUUUUCAGACCCAAUUCCUCAAUCUUUAGACAAGGUUAGCUUUUCCAUUGUCAUUGUGGUCCUAUUUAUUUAUUAUUGCAGACCAGUUUUUAUGGGGAUGGGGUUGGAGGAAUUAUGUGGUUCUACUUCUGAUCUGAGCUACUUUAAUUUCUGCUUUCCCUCCCUUUCUCUUAUAGAAUGAAUACUUUGGAGGAAUAGGGUUGUCAGGUGGUCCCCCCCCCAAAAAAAAACAGGACAGGGGCCCUGGCACUUACCUUUUUAAAUGACUUGUGCUUACAUGCUCCUGGCCCCAGUGUGAUGGACUCAUUUCCAGAAGUGACAUCAUUGCUGGUAUGCAAGAAGCCAGGCAGGCUGACUGGCCAGCCCCUCCCCGGCACAUAGGAGGCUGGGCGGCUGGGCGAGCGGAAUAGCUGCUCCUCUGGAGCACAGGAAAUUGGGCAAGUGGACAAACCGUUCCCUUGUUAUGCAAGUGUCCAGUACUUUCACUCUGUUUCCCCUGUGCAGUCCAACAAAAAAACAAACUGUCCAGGGGAAAACUGGACCUGACAACCCUAUGGAGGAAUGACCAACUGUAGACACUUCUCCAGCUCAUAUCUGGGUUGAAUUCCCCCUCUUUCUAGACUGAACAAUGUAUAUUAAUUGUGUUUUUUGAGACUUAAUAUAGUGGCUAAGAACUGGGAACUGUUCAGUUCAUAUUUUACCUCAGCAAUGAAUUCGUUAGGUAGCCUCGGGCAAACCACUAUCUGUAAGUCCCACAUAACAGAUUUGGGGAGAGGUGGGAUGGAUGAAAAUACUUAGCUGUUUUAUAGGGUGGUUUGUAAGGACUUAUGAAGUAAUGGUUUACAUCCAGAUGAGCAUGAACAUGGAUGGAAGGACUUCUGUCUACAAAGUAUGACUUUCUCAGCUUUCCCCUCUAACUACAGCCCCAAAAGCUACUCCCCGAAAUGCUAUUCUUGGUGGUUCCCAGAAGGAGGAAGGUGUGAAAGUCGUGUUGUCCAGGUGGAAUUCCUUCUACCCAUGGAUCCAAGCCUAUGUAUAUAAAGCUCAUUAGAAUAUUUUAAGUGCUGUGUAAAUGCUGGCUCUCUGAUACCUAGCUUGAGGGGGGGGGGAGGCAGAAAACCUAGACUAAGUGGUUACAUGACUACAUGUGUUUGGAUUGUUAAAAGUGAGCUUUAACUUUUUUGUAUGUGUAAUUUUCUUGUAAUCCCCAAAGAAGUUCUGUAUCUUUUUGCAACAUUUCCUACACCAUCUGUUCUGUGUAAAGCCUUAUCUACAUUAGACUCUUUUCUGGAAAUGCAUUUGGAUACGUAAGAGCAACAGGUGAUUUGGGAAGGUUUCUCCCAUCUGAAACUUAAACCAGUAGUUCACAAUUUGUUUCUUAUUUGGUGAUUGAUGAUCAAGCAAAAAUUUCAAAUGCAGCUACUGGUGGUUAAAGCAUCUAGCAAUAACCUUGUGUUUGUGUCACAAUUCGCUUGUAAGGUCAAAAAUAUCUUCAUGCACAAAUUGCAGAGUGUGGUGGUACUCUAGUAGGAAACAAGAAGUAUAGGCUGGUGCUGAACAGAAAUUUGCUAUUUUGUUAGCUUUCAAGAUGUUUCAAGAUUCUUCUUUUACAUUCCCAAAAUGUGUGUGCUAAGUUUGAUCCAUUGGGAACACGCUUCAUUCAGAAUGAAUAAGUAAGUGGAUUGUGCCAUGGGCAUAACAAUGCCCCCAAAUUAACAGUUUUAUGUAGCUGUAGGACCCCGCAUCAUGGUAAUUUCUGUUAAACGGAUAGAUGUAUUACAGAGCCUGUGUUAUGGUGAAGUGAAAACCUGUUAACGAAGGCCUUGUGUAAUAAAUUGAAUGUCCUUGAUUUUCCACAUGCAUCCCAAUAAAAUUUGAUAAUAACACAACGGUGUGCUUACAAAUCUUAAGGCUGUUUUGAUAGAUUGUCUUAUCACUGAUUCCCAAAUCUGAAUGUUGGCAGUAUUCAUUUCUGGAAGCAUGCCUUUAAACCACCAACCUUCAAUAGAGCUUUGCAGUUGCAGUAUAUGUUAUUCCAAGCCUCCUGCAAGAAUCAGGGCACAGCUGGCAGACUCUUCCCCUUUCGUCCUGCAGUGGAAGGGAAGGUGUUUCAUAGCAAGAGGAAAAAGGGGGGGGGCGCUUUCUGAAAAAGACAGCCCUUUAGUCUCUGAAUUGAGACCUGCAAAAUGUCUUUAUUUUGGUCCAAAAUCUGCACUGUUUCAUUUGCACAAAAUGAUGUCUGACAGUUCCUGCAUGUAACCAUAUAUGCGCAUGUGCACUGGAGGUUGUCUGCAUGUACUUGAGUCAAACUGAUGGUUGGCCCAUUCUGUUUGGUUCUUGCCCACCCACCAUCACCGAUAUAAUUAUUGCUACCAGAGAUGACUUAUGCCAACCAUAUGUUUGGACACAGACACAGAAGUCUUGAUCAGGUCCAUGGACAGGAAUAGGUUUGUAUUCAGUAAACAGACUACCUGUUCAGAUUGUAAAGCUGUUCCAUGUUUUAAAGGUUUCCUUGUCCCCUGCUAGCUAGUGCGUUUUCAUUCCAGGAAGCUAGAUUGGUAAUUUAUUUAUUGUAUUUCUAGACCGCCCUCCCCGUCAGACAGGCUCGGGGCGGUGUAACAACAUACAAUUUAUAACAUACAGUAAGAUUGCCACCUAAUUGCAUUUUCAUUGCUUUUUCUGAAAAAAUGUCAAUGCUUAUAACUCUAUCACUAGUUCCUGCAUUUUGAGCAAGGUUUUUCUUACUCUGAUCAAAUGAAGGUCUUUCUCAAAGGGCAAUCAUUUCUAAACUUGGUAAGGUUAAAACAAUUGUAGCUUUUUACCAAAUGUUUUUUGAUAAAUGUAAAAUGUGGAAUUUUACAGUUAUGAAGAUGAAAAUAUUUAGUGUAGCUUUUUUCCCUAGCACUUUGUAAUGUCAAUGGAAAAGUGAUCGUGGUAUUGAUAGAGAGCUCCAUUCCCUUACCUCUCCCAGGAUACUGGGCAGUUUUAGCCAAAUAUCAUGCUUUUGAUCAGGGCUUUUUUUCUGGGAAAAGAGGUGGUGGAACUCAGUGAGUUGC